GAAGACUGAAUAGCUAUUACUUACAUGCAAAAUCGUAAGUGAGGUGCGGUUGCAACGGUGGAAGAACCAGAAACCAAAACAACAAAGUUCCUGCGUCGUCAUGACAACUGACGGAUCUCCUGAACUGAAUGUAAACAACUACAUAGCUAUAGAAGUGCAGCGGCUGCACCCUAUAGCAUAGUAGUCUUCGCCUGUCGACCCCGACCUGUAGUGAUGGAUGUAUGUUUGGAUAAAAAUGCUUUAUUGUAAAUAGGCAUUAUUAACUGUAAAUAUUAUAGAAUGCCAAAAACAUCCAGUCAAGUCCCAAAAUAUGGAAACUUUGCUAACAUAGUUUCAAGCACUGUAGAAACAUUGAGUGGAAAAUUUUUCCCAAAUGUUUCAUUUGAUCAGCUCUGUGAGAGUUCUUAUGGAAAUGAGGUUGUAUCCAGCCUUCCACUGCAGAUUGUAUUGUUCUUCUCUGCACUUUUUUUCCCCUUCUGGUUGAUAUCAUCACUUACAAUGUUUUCUGUUAAACAGGUUCUGGAACCUAAUAUACUGCGUAAAAGUGGAGGAGCACUGUACUUGUUUCACUGCAUAUCUGGCCUUCAUCAGUUUGUGCUUAUUGCCAUUUAUAUUGCCAUUCCACUGAUAGAAGUUAUUCGUGUCUACAUAGGAAAUAUUGGUAAUCUAGAAGAAAAAGUACCAGAACUGGCUGGAAGUUGGCUGCUGACUUUACUACUACAAUUGCCUUUACUUAUUUUCUUGUUAGUUGUACCCGGAACUAUGUCCCUUCCAAUGGAUUACGCUGUUAAUUCAGUAUACCUUCUCUUUAUUUUGUUACAUUUGGCCUUUGGGUAUAAAGCAGUGAAUGGUAUAUCUUCCCAUCAGGCAAAGCUGUAUCAUAUGUUCAUGAUUAUGAGAAAUAAUCAUAAUGACUGAAAAUGUAUGGAAUUUUUUGCGAUAUUAUUUAGUAUUUAUGCAUUUUAGCUAAUUUCAUUUACUAGGUACUAAUGGAUAAGUUUUCAAACAUCACUGAUUUGUCUUGAUUUUUAAUACAGUAUAUACAUACAUGAGGAUUAAAAACAAAAAUUUCUGGGAAGAGAUGUUUUUGAAACCUAUUAAUGUUUAAAAUUAUGGCAGUGCUAAUUAUUACUGGUUUGUAUUUAAAGGUAUAAAAAGCAUGAUGUUGAUGAUCCUGUGAUUUCAUAUAAUCGUAAUUUAUUUUGCGCAGUUGUGAAUUCCAAAAAUAAUAUUGGUUUCAAAUGUCAAUAAAACACAGUGGAACUUGAAAGCCUAGA